AAAAUAAUAAAAAAAAUGGAAAUAUCCCAAUCUUCAAUAAGUAUAUUUUUCGUUAGUAAAUUAUUGGCUUUGGCUCCCUAUUCGGUGCGUAAAACUGCGAAAGGUGUUUAUGUCAUACAGAAAAGUAUACCGUUUAUAUUUUAUGCCGCCGCUUUAUCAUCAAUAAUGGUAUUUCUUACAUAUCGUGGACUAUUAUUCGAUGCUAAUUCUAAAAUACCAGUAAGAGCAUCUUUUAGAAUGAAAUCGGCCACUUCAAAAGUGGUAACCGCUUUGGAUGUAUCGGUAGUGGUAAUGGCAAUAGUGGCUGGUGUUAUAUGUGGAAUAGUUGGCUUGAAUGCUACCAGAGAUUUGAAUGUAAGAUUAAAAAAGGUGGACGAAUCUUUAGGCUCGAUAACAAAUCUAAAAAUGGAACGUUUUAAAUCGUUUAUGAUGCUGUUAAUACCCAUGAUCACUAUAAGUAUAUUAUUGGCUUUGGAUGUAUGGACCUGGUUAAGAUUUGCUGAAAAUAUGGAUACAGGCGUAGAAAACGCUGAUUUAAAUGUCCAGUGGUAUAUACCGUUCUAUAGUUUAUACUUUAUAUUAACGGGUUUACAUGUGAAUUUUGCCAAUACUUCACUAGGUUUGGCUCGACGUUUUGAAGCCUUAAAUAUCAUGUUAAGGAGCUCGUAUUUACCAGCUGAUCGGCAAAAAGCUUUGCAAAAUCAGGAAAAGGUCAAAAUAACAACCGUUAAGACGACAACUUUAAACACGCCCAAUUUACAGGCUAGUUUAUCAAAGUUGGCUUCGGCAAGCUAUCAAGAGGGUCCUAGUAAAAAUAAAUCAAUUUUAUUAAAACUUUUAGCGGAAUGUCAUGAAACUUUAGUGAAAUGUGUGAACAUAGUAGCAAGCGCCUAUGGCAUGGCUGUUUUAUUCAUUCUAAUUUCUUGUUUUCUACACUUGGUGGCCACUUCAUAUUUUUUAUUUAUUGAACUUUUAAGUAAAAAGGAUAAUGGUUAUGUUUGGCUACAAGUUCUAUGGAUAUUAUUUCAUUCAUGUCGUUUGUUAAUGGUAGUGGAACCUUGUCAUCGUUUAACACGAGAAUCUACUAAAACUAUACACAUAGUAUGUGAAAUAGAACGUAUAGUACAUGAUCCUAUACUGGCAGAAGAGGUUAAAAAGUUUUGGCAACAAUUGCUGGUCUGUGAUGGUGGUUUUUCAGCCUGUGGUUUAUGUCAAGUUAAUCGUCAGCUUUUAACCUCGUUGGCUUCAGCUAUUGCUACCUAUUUAGUGAUCUUAAUACAAUUUCAAAAAAGUAAUGGUUAAAAUUUGACUAUUUGCCUUUUUUUGUCAGGAUUCAAUAUCUAAC